AUGCACGGCCACGAUGAACCCGAGGUCAGCACCGGCGAUCCCGCCCGCCUUCUCGCCAUCCGGCGUCAUCUCGCAUCUUUCCUUCCUGUCUCCCUCAUCGAGCGCUUCUGGCACGACGGCUUUGCAUCCACGCGCCAGCCCUCCUUCCGCCUAAACGCCCUGCGGUUGCACAACCGCGGCGACCGUGGAGGCGGCGGUAUCAGCGGCGGCGACGGCGUCGUACGAGAGCUGCUGUCCGGGUUUGGGCUGCCGUCAGACACGCCUGUGGAGCGCUGUCCCUACCACCCCUUGGCUCGGUUGCUGCCAUCCCGCACCGCGGCUGCUGUCCGCGUGGCGCAGCAGGUUCAUGAGCUGCGGCCUCUCCGGGCCGGAGCCGUGUACUUCAUGGGGCUGUCCAGCAUGCUACCCGCGCUAGCCCUAAUGGCGCACCCCAACCACCCCAACCAUAGUAACCACUACAACCACCACCGCCACCGCCACCAGAUGGUGCGACCACAGCAGCAGUGGCCAACACCGCACGACGAUUCAAAGCAUGGGAAUCGCUCUGGCUCCAGCGAUGGCAUCAGCGAUGGCGUGGCGGGUGCUGUUGGCGCCAGGCCUCUCCGCGUGUUGGACCUGUGUGCCGCCCCUGGAGGCAAGACGGCGCUGCUGGCGGAGCUCCUGGGCAACCGGGGCACAUUGCUGGCGGUGGACUCCAGCUGGCCGCGCCUGCAGCGCCUGCAGUUCAACGUGGAGCGGCUAGUGCCCAACCACCAUAACGACUUCAACCUCCGCAAUGGACGCAACCAUCUCAACGACUCCUGUGCCCGUGUCGUUGGGGACGGUGAUGGAGCCCGGCGGAGCUCAGAAGCGCGGGAGGCGGCGGCGGCGGGAGCUACCCGGCCCUGGUGGCGACGCGGAUGCGUGGUUGCCGUACAUGCUGACGGUACGCGGCUCAGAGUGGACGAGCAUGGGUUGCCGUUACUGGGAUCGCGAACGGUGAGGCGGAGAGGCAGCCGUGGCGGAGGGGCAGACGAGCUGGAGGAUGAUGAUGAAGGGGAGAUUGGGGUGUACGAUAGAAUUUUGGUGGAUGCGCCGUGCAGCGGGCUGGGUCGGCUGCAGCUGCAGCGGCCCAGCAGCUACAGCCGGUGGGACGAGCAACAUGUCGCACGCCAUCCCGAGCGGCAGCGGCAGCUGUUACUGCGCGGCGUGCGGCUGCUACGGCGCGGCGGCAGCCUGGUGUACAGCACCUGUACGAUAGAUCCACGGGAGAAUGAGGCGCCCAGUGCCGUACAGCCUCCCCUGCGGAAUACGGCGGGCAACUGGCUGUACCGGGGCCGAGCCCUUUUCGGCUUCGAAGAAGCUGACUGCCCCAGUCUGAUCGAUUGCGUAUCCACCCCUUCUGAGCCACAGGCCGGCGGAGGCACCUCGCCGCUACCGACGCGUCAGCAGCAGCAGCGGCGGUCGGCCCCCAGUGCCCAGCUGCGGGACCGUAUAGAGGAGCUACUGCCGGGCCGUGUCUCUGCGGCUCGUGACAUACUCAGACAGCAUGGUACGGACGAGUCGUACCACGAGCCGCUCCCGCCGGACCUGGUCGUGUUUCCCGAG